CUCGGUAGAAUGCUCCUCCGAAUGCCCUCGGGAUGGACCGAGAGGCCGUCUUCGGCUCAAGGUGUGGGGUUACUGAGGUGCGCGGGGCAUGACGAAAGGUGAGAAGUCCAGAGGCCCUACUUGACGAAUGAGAGGGGGGAAAAAGGUCAAGCAACUCACACUCAGCAACUACAUUUCCUCAAAGGACGGAGUCGCUUUUCCACUCGUGCGCUACAAGUUUCAAACAUCGAAUCCGUACAGAGUUUACUGUUUUAGCAAGCACUCACAAUGGAUCCCGCAAAUCUCAAAGCACAGUUUCAGCCAGAAGAACCACGCCUUCUAAGCUUUCCGCAUUUACCUGAUGAUGCCAAAUAUGAAGACGGGACCCCGAUUCUAAACAAGUACUCUUCAACAUUGACCAAGGGACAUGAUUUCCCCGGAGCUCAGGCCAUGUUGUAUGCAGCAGGCGUGCCGAAUGAGAAGAUGAUGAAGACUGCUCCACAGGUCGGCAUUGCCACUGUUUGGUGGGAGGGCAAUCCUUGCAACAACCACUUGCACGACCUCGGAAAGACCGUGAAGCAAGCGGUUGAGAAGCAGGGCUUCCUAGGAUGGCAGUAUGGCACGAUCGGAGUAUCAGACGGCAUCACAAUGGGUGGCGAAGGCAUGCGUUUCUCGCUGCAGACUCGCGAGAUCAUCGCAGACAGUAUUGAAACCAUCACAUGUGCUCAAUUUCACGAUGCCAACAUCUCUAUUCCUGGAUGCGACAAGAACAUGCCAGGUGUCGUGAUGGCAAUGGCAAGACAUAACAGACCGUCUGUGUGUAUCUACGGAGGUACUAUCAACCCUGGCUACUCAAAGACGCUCAGAAAGACAAUCAACAUCACAACGUGUUAUGAGGCACACGGCGCUUACAACUUCGACACUCUCAAGAACCCAGACGACCCUUCAAUCACGAAGGACGAGAUAUUGACUGAUAUUGAGAAGAACGCAUGCCCGGGAUCUGGAGCUUGCGGUGGCAUGUUCACAGCAAACACCAUGGCCAUGGCGAUCGAGACUCUUGGUCUGUCACUUCCCGGGUCUUCAUCCACUCCUGCGACUUCUCCUGCCAAGAUGCGAGAGUGUCAAAAGGCAGCCGAAGCCAUCAAGAUCUGUAUGGAAAAGAACAUUCGCCCUCUUGAUUUGCUCACGAAGAAGUCCUUCGAGAACGCUCUGGUCAUGAUGAUGGCGCUUGGUGGUAGCACAAAUGGUGUUCUCCAUCUUCUCGCUAUGGCUGGUACCGCUGGAGUUGAUCUCUCGCUUGACGAUUUCCAGAGAGUGUCGAACCGCAUUCCUUUCAUUGCAAACAUGGCUCCCUCGGGCAAGUACCUGAUGGCGGAUCUCUACGAUAUUGGCGGGAUCCCAUCGGUCAUGAAGCUCCUCAUCGCAGGAGGUCUGCUUGACGGCAGCGUUCCUACGGUCACUGGCAAGACAUUAGCUGAAAAUGUCGCUUCUUUUGACUCCCUGCCUCAAGGCCAAGAGAUCAUCCGCAGUCUGGACAACCCUAUCAAGCCUACAGGUCACAUUGAGAUUCUCCGUGGCAAUCUGGCUCCUGAAGGUGCCGUGGCCAAGAUCACCGGCAAGGAAGGAAUGAGCUUCACUGGCAAAGCUCGUGUCUUCAACAAGGAGCAUGAACUCGAUGAUGCCCUCAACAAAGGUCAAAUUCCUCGCCACGAAAACCUCGUCAUCGUCGUUCGUUACGAAGGUCCCAAGGGUGGUCCGGGUAUGCCUGAGCAGCUCAAAGCCAGCGCAGCCAUCAUGGGUGCCAAGCUCACAAAUGUCGCUUUAAUCACAGAUGGAAGAUAUAGUGGUGCAUCGCACGGCUUCAUAGUUGGUCACAUUUGCCCUGAAGCUGCUGUUGGAGGACCCAUUGCUGUUGUCCAAGAUGGUGACAUGAUCACCAUUGAUGCUACCAACAACACUCUCUCCAUGAAUGUUUCCGACGACGAAAUUCAACAAAGAUUGAAGGAGUGGAAGAAGCCUAGAUCGAACGUCACUCGUGGUGUUCUGGCCAAGUACCAGCGCUUGGUGGGUGAUGCUAGUCAUGGCGCUAUGACCGACUUGUUUUAUACGUACAUAUGAAUGCAAAGGUCAAAACAAAGCAAAUACUACUCAUUGGCUAAGCAAAAGUUGGAAGAAGAACAACGAGAGCAUCGGAGAGCAACGACGACCGUGAGACUGGAAGAUGAUGGAGGAGAGAAAAUCUCCGAUGCAUGAUCAUUGGACGGAAAAGCCUCGUGGUGCAAGUCAUUUCCCUUCGGUCUGACAUGCAUGCCAUGCGCAUUAUGCAUAAGGUCCCUGCCGGUAGAUAGUACAAAGGACAGACCUAUAUUCGUUCACCAUUAUCGGUUCAAGGCUUGAGGCGUCGCGUCUCAGGACCACCCAAGUGCCCGGAUCGGAGAUUUUCUUUCAGCCUUGUGUGUCACAUUAAGUACUGUAGAGUGAAGGUGACAACAAUGUAGGGCUGUGAAGUGUGUAUAGUUAUAGAAGAACUUGUC